AUGAAUCUUCAGCAGCUCAAUGGAAGCGGACAACACUUUUCUCUGUUUAUCACCACCGCGGCGGUCACACUAGCUGUUACAGGAGGCUCGUGGUUCGUGAUCGAACAAGUAAAUAGCUAUCUCAAGUGGCGAAAAAGAACCCUUGACGAGCCUUAUGACGGAAAAACGCAGUUCACACUGGCGGUGCGGGUUGCAUUACUCACUUGGCUUGUUUCAAACGGGCAUACGUCUUGGAUGUUCAGAUCUGGGGCUUGGUGGCGUAUAUUACUUAACCACAGGUCUCGUUUAGCCAGUCCUAUGGUCGCACAUGGAAUCAUUGGACGUUUGAAUGCUGGUGAAUACGUGUCGAAGUAUGGUAAAGUGGUGGAGGAGCUGAGAAGCGAAGAUGAAAGACCAUGA